CCGGCCGCGCCUCGCAUUCUCCGCCUCCCGCACCCGCCGCGUCGGGCCCGCCGCCGCCGCGGGAGCGCUGCCCUUCCCCGCCCCCCGGCCCCCGGCCGCGGGCAGCGGACGCGCGUGGCGGCUGCUCGGUCUUGGCUUGUUUGGGGUGUGCAGUGCCAGCUGAGCCUUGCGCCAGUCAGGCCUCCAGGCCGGAACCACCUUCAGACGACCUCACCUCCCUGUACAAGAGGGCCACCCAGCAGGCCCCGAGGUGGGAUCCGGAGCCUGCGACAGCAUGCCCCGGUGGUAUGGAUGACCCGCAUCCAGCCAAGCCCGGCCCAGGCCCGCGUGCCCCGUCCCGUGAGCGCUGCUUCCCAGCGGCUGUCCGGGGCUUCGUACCUGUAAGCCUCCUGACUCGUGCGGAGGAAGAGGCGCAGGGGUGAGCGGUGAGCUCCGGGUACCGGCGGAGCAAGGAAGGAAGCAAGCACGCGAGUGGCCGACGGCGGAAGGAGCAGGGACGAGGGGCUCCACGGCCGAUUGACCGGAAACAUUUUCCCCACGAGGCUGCACAAAAUGACCAGCCUGUUCCGCAGGAGCAGUGGGGGCGGCGGUGCAGGGGCACGCGGGGCCGGGGCGGGGACCGGGGGUGGCCCCGCAGCUCCGCAGGAGCUCAACAACAGCCGGCCGGCCCGCCAGGUGCGCCGCCUGGAGUUCAACCAGGCUAUGGACGACUUCAAGACCAUGUUCCCCAACAUGGACCACGACAUCAUUGAGUGCGUGCUGCGUGCCAACAGCGGCGCCGUGGACGCCACCAUCGACCAGCUGCUGCAGAUGAACCUGGAGGGUGGCGGCGGCAGCGCCUACGAGGAUAGCUCCGACUCAGAGGAAAGCAUCCCCCCGGAGAUCUUGGAAAGGACUUUGGAACCUGAUAGCUCUGAUGAAGAGCCCCCGCCUGUGUACUCCCCACCGGCCUACCACAUGCACAUGUUCGACAGGCCUUACCCGCUGGCUCCCCCGACGCCACCGCCCCGGAUUGAUGUGCUGGGGUCCGGGCCCAACCCCAGCCAGAGGCGCUAUCGGAACUGGAACCCCCCACUGCUGGGCAACCUCCCUGAUGACUUUCUCCGCAUCCUGCCCCAGCAGCUGGACAGCAUACAGGGUAACCCCCGGAGCGCCAAGCCUGUGAGUGGAGAGGGAGGCCUGCCUCCCACGGCCGGAGACCAGGACAGCCGCUGGAAGCAGUACCUGGAGGACGAGAGGAUCGCUCUCUUCCUGCAGAAUGAGGAGUUCAUGAAGGAGCUGCAGCGAAACCGCGACUUCCUCCUCGCCUUGGAGAGAGAUCGACUGAAGUAUGAAUCCCAGAAAUCCAAAUCCAGCAGUAUGGUUGUGGGAAAUGACUUCAGCUUUCCCUCUUCUGCCCCAGGAAACAGUGAUGCCAACCCUGCUGUGUCUGAAGAUGCCUUAUUCAGGGACAAGUUGAAACACAUGGGAAAAUCCACCCGGAGGAAGCUGUUCGAGCUGGCUCGCGCCUUCUCCGAGAAGACCAAAAUGAGGAAGUCCAGGAGGAAGCACUUGCCUAAGCAUCAGUCGCUGGGGGCCGCCGCAUCAACAGCCAAUCUGCUGGAUGACGUGGAGGGCCACGCUUGUGGUGAGGCAGGGAAUGGAACCUUUGGCUCCAAUGUGUCUGUGAUGGGUGACACUGCAAGAAGAGAUGAAGACCUCCGGGGCAGGCGGCAGGAGACAUCCAAGAUGGAGGAAGCCCUAAGAGAAGGACAGUAAGAGGUGCCCGCAGCUCCACCUCGCCAGGGAUGCUCUGACCCGAUAAGGGCAGCUGGAGAGCAACACAGCACCCUGCUAAAGGGCCCGGAUGCAGCCGAACUGAUGGUGCUUGAUUUCAGAGGCCAGGUGGUCCUCCAGCCAUGGUCCAGCCCAGCCACUGCCACCUUCCACGGGACCUACAACUUUGGAGUCGCCAUCCUGUGAUUGGAGGAGGGAACUUGGGGCCUCUAGAGGCAGCAGCCAGUCACAGCCUCUUCUGCAGCCAGGCUUUUCUACAGCAGUGGGUGGAAAUGCAGGAACCACCCCUUCUUCUUAAAAAAACAGAAAACAAAAAAACAUGGAGGAAGUGCAGAGGUUGGAGUUUGGGAAAGGGCAGGAUCAACCUAAGCAGGCUCUUUGGCCUGCAGGCGACUUCCUUCCCUCCUCCCUCCCCCCUUCUCUCCAGCCAGGUGCCAGACUGCCUAAUCUACUCCUCUCCCCAGCUCUGGGCACCUUGUGCCCUUUCUUCCUGAGGCCACCUGCAUCUCAGCCUUUUCCAGGGGCAGCAGUACCACAGGGAACCAUGGGUAGGGGGAGACCCUGGGCGCUCACCAGUGUGCCCUGGGGAGCGACCCUCGGCACCCCUCCAACCAGCAGGGGAGGGGAGGGGUUCUCAGAGCCGAAGGGCUCUGGCCAGGCAGACUCUGUUCUCCAAGGGUGGGCCGUGGAGGGACUCCAGAGUGACACCCUGGAGAAAGCGCAGGGCUGGGUGGGGCGGCUGCCAAAAUCCAGACAGUGACGGGAGGAGGACUCUGACUCCACCUACGCUUAACCGGCAAUACCACUGCCAAGGGGAACGAGCCGCGUCUCUCCCCGAUCUGGGCGCGCGCAGCCAGGCCAGCUUUCCCAGCGCGGGCUUCUGGGGCGCGGGGCCGGGAGUGGGAUCCGAUACAGUGUUUGGUGGGGCGCGGGUGGCCGUGAGGUACUGGGCCGUGGUGAGGGUGAGCCAGGAUCGCGCCCCGGCCCCCGCUGCCCCUCUGCGAUUCCGCGCGCCGGCCGAGUGUCUUCAAGCCCGCAGCGUGAGCAAGUUUGGAAGCGGGAUGCUGGGGCUCCAUUCGUGACCCCAACUCCUUCCGGCCAGGGCGAGGCGCAGCAGGGGAAGCCCCAGCCCCAAGUCUCUGUGUGUUGUUGUUUUUUUUCUUGUAUGUGUGGGUUUUUUCUUGGAGCUGUUUCAUAGAAACUCCUGUAAUAAAGACUUGGUGUUCUCUUGGU